UGUAAAGAGGGCUCAGGAUUAAAACGCACGACAACACAGACUAAUUCAGACACGACAAUAACCCCUGCUUGUGCGUUGCAGAGCAGCGUGAAAAGAGAAAUCAAAACACGUAAACAGCUAGGUGAAGGAGCUCGAGCUUUGCUGCAAGCUGAAAAGAAGAAGCAAGGAAAAGCAAAGUCAGUUGACAUCGAAAGCAGGACAUCGCGAUGAUUCUCCUGUCUUUUGGCGUAUUAGCAGGCUUUGGCUUCCUGUACCUGCUAUUUCAGUAUCUCAGGCAUAUCUGGAAACUUAGGGACUACCCACCUGGACCCUUUCCACUCCCGAUCAUAGGAAACCUGUACCAGCUCAAAGACUCCAAUUUCAUGACCUUGAAAUCCUUGGCAAAGAAAUAUGGUGAUGUUUUAAGCGUGAGCUUGGGACACAAGAGAGUUGUGGUCGUUAACGCCGUCGAGCCUGCACGUGAAGCCCUGACCAAGAAGAGCGUCGAAUUUGCUGGUCGUCCGCAAGACAUUUUUACCGCUGGGCAAAUCACGCGCGGCUUCAAGGAUAUUGCCUUUGCCGAUUAUGGACCAGUAUGGCAAUCAAUAAGGAAGUUGGCACAUACAUCUUUAAAACUGUAUGGAACAGGCAUGGAAAAGAUGGAAGACUUCAUUCAGGCAGAAGCCGAUGAUCUGUGUGAUAGAAUUGCCAAAGCAAACGGAGCACCAAUAGACCCACAUCAAAAUUUGGCCCUGGCAGUGAUCAACAUCAUCUGCUCGUUGGUCUUUGGCAAGCGAUAUAACAAAGACGAUCCAGAAUUCCUCAACGUUGUUAAAUACAACACCCUCAUCACCCAAGGCUUCAACCAUACCAAACCAGUUGGUUUCCUGCCAUGGCUACGCUUCUUCCCCAAUGAAGGCUAUAAUAAGAUUGAUAUGGGCAUUGCAAUCCGUGACGUCAUUCUUCGCAAGCAGCUCGAUCUGCACAGGCAGAGCUUCCAGCCGACAAACAUCCGCGACCUAACCGAUGCUUUGAUACUAGAAGCCUCAAAGGAGGAGUCCAAAGAUGUCAAUGAUCGCAAGUUUCCCACAGAUGACCACUUGGAAAUGAUUAUUCAUGACGCAUUCACCGCUGGAUCUGAAACUACAACCACCUCCCUGCGCUGGGCCCAUUUGCUGUUGCUUAGAAACCCAAAAGUCCAAGAGAAAGCCGCCGAAGAAAUUGCCAAGGUUGUUGGUACUGAACGCAGUCCCAGUUUGAGUGACAAGGAGCAUUUGCCUUACAUCAAAGCAGUAAUUAACGAGGUUCUGCGAAUCUCUUCCGUUAUUCCUCUGGGCGUGCCCCACAAGACAACGUGUGAGACAACACUGGCCGGCUACCGCAUCCCUAAAGGCACUCAGGUUCUGUUCAACAACUGGGCCAUGCACCAUGAUGAACGUCAGUGGGAAGACCCAUACGAUUUCAAGCCUGAACGAUGGUUUGAUGACGAUGGCAAUUUAAUCCCGGAAAGAGAAAAGAGUUUCUUGCCGUUUUCGGCCGGUCGCAGAGUCUGCCUUGGUGAAGUUCUUGCCAAAACCGAGAUCUAUCUCUUCCUUACACGUGUUCUUCACAAGUUCCGUAUAGAGAAGGUUCCGGGUGAGGGAAUGCCACCGCAACUGAGCAACCGGUCAGUUAUCCUCUCGCCUAAGCCAUUCCGUGUUGUUUACACUCCACGUGCAGUGAAAGCCUAGUGCUACCCUGCAGCUGAUGUAAAAGACUUUUUGCUGCAAAUUCUUCUUUGGAUUGUUGAUUAACAAAAUAUCAUUAGUUUUUAUUUCAUAGAUUUAUUUGAAAAGAUUGAAGCUUGAACAUACACCGAUUUUGUGAAAAAUGCAUGACAACGUUGCACAGUAAAGGACUAAGAAUUACAACUGAUCACACCAUGCCCUUUUUAGGGCCCUUUUACAUAAUUGAAAUACCUUGAACUGUUCGAUUGAGAUUUUAUAAAACAUAAAGUUUAACUUUAUUCAGAAUAAAACUUACAACUUGAUUUUUAUGCGGAAGUAAAAGAUUUUAUAGAAAGUUUCCCUGAACUUUUGGUUACUUCUGGAUUUUCUGUGUUCUUUCGUAAUUGAAGGUUUACAAAAAUGACGUUUCAUUUUCGUUUAUUGCAUUAUACUGAGAUUAUAAGUUUACAUUUUAUUCGAUUUUUCUGAUAUUCCCAAUUGAUAGCUCCAUUUCCUAAUUCGAAAUAAAACACGGUACUCGUUAAUUUUGAUUUUCCGAUUUUAAAAAGAUGUUCUGCUAUUAAAGGAAUAUUCUUUAUAAGCUUACUUCCUCUAUACGUAAUCCUACCGAGUUUACCUACUCGAAGGUUUUCAGUAGAAGGUUUUCCCUUUUGUGCUUUUAAACGGUACAACGGUAUGGGCUAUAAGAAAGUUAGGUCAGAAAUUUCAAUGCCAUCAGGUAUUUUAAAGCAAACAGAACCUCUACCCCAACUCCACCCCCGCCCCAAACUGCUGGCUAGAAAUAAAUGAAAGAUUUUUCACUUAAAUCUUGCUGUUUUAUCGAUGUUUUACAUCAGUUAUAAGUUUGAUUGCUGCAUCAACCCUUUAGGGAGGUAAAGCUGUAAUUUCAGAUGUCGUUUUGAUUUAUAGUAAUGAUAUAUUUCGUUUUAUAUUACGUAUUAGUUAAUAUUUCUUACAAACAAGGUAAAUUUAAAAAAACAA